CUAGACGAGCACAUGAUGGGAAUCAACCAAUGGCUCCACUGCACUCCUCAGGGGCCCCGUGUGUGUGUAUCUGAAGAAGAAAGAGUGAAACGGCAAAAGAAACCCUCCAAGAAUCCCAUUCAUCUCCACCGAAACACGGAACGAAGCGAGCGGAAACCUCAAGCCAUCCCAUGUCAGUCUAUGCGAUCGCUUUUCCGUCGCGACCGACUCGUUUUCUUUCGCGAGAAGCGCGUGGAAUGUGAAUGAGGAUUAUACUGAGAUCCAUUCAUGUGCUUGGCGUCAGUAAACCGCUGCAGAAAUUGACGAGCUGGUCCUAACGAAGGUCCGUUAUGGGAGAUUACGUGCAAAAAGCAGACGAUUGUUUUCAUUUCGUGCAUUUAUAAUGAAGUUCACUUCACGUUGAUAGAGAAGAAUGUUCGCAGACUUGAUGCGCUGUUUAUUGCGUUGUGCGUUAUUACUACUAUGCCUUUGCUACGGUGUUGAUAUUUUGUAGCAUCGGAGUCUAAUGUUGGGCUUUGCUCAGGCUCUGCUCGGGUGUGCAUGUAAGCGCAGAUCAUUGAUGUCGGACGGAGAGCGCAGGAGUCUCUGGAGUCUCCGCGGUUCCGACCAAACAUAGGAAAAACGGAUGUAAACUGCCUAGACUGUCGUAUGUUCAGGACGAGACGCGCGGGUCUGGUUCGGCGACUCUGGAGAAGCCGUGUGAUCACCGCGGGUAAAGAUGGAGGUGUGGAUGACUGGAGUGACAGCAACCCGGAGAAAAUCCCCAGAACGGAAUACACCGGGGCCUCGUGUGGCGCACACGUAGGGGAAAGCGGGGAACCGGGGGUCUUUACUGAACAUGAUGGAGAAGGCUCGUGUGCGUACAGCCGGCACGAAAGCCCCCCGAGCGAGGGCAGAACGGUGACAUGUUGUUUGUUUAAAGACCUUCAGAGAGGCAGUCAGGGCAAAAACAGAUUGACUUGUCAUGUGGAACAUAGAAACCAAAACACUUGCGUUUCGAGUGCCCGGGAACGGAAAAAAGGCGUCGCGACGGAACCAGAACUCAAGAAGUGCGCGUAUGCCUUUCUGAAAAAGUUUAAGGAAAGUUCUCUGGAUGUUUUACUGGAGGCAGUGGAGUCUCAUGGCGGGAUGCCGAGUGGAUGUGUUCUGGUAUCACAAACUGAAGUGCGGAUUGACGGUCAGCUGGUGUCUCCUAAGUACCUGCUAUGUAGGUUGUUUCGCUGGCCUGACCUGCGGCUCUCCUCUAUCCUCAAACCCCUGUGUUACUGCCAGAGCUUUAGAGCAGAGGACAGCCAGGCUGUCUCAUGCUGCAACCCCUAUCACUACAGUCUCCUCUGUGGACCACUUCGAGAUGACACGCCGCCUCCUCCCUACUCCCAUCUCUCUAAUUUACCAGAACACAAGCCACUGAAUUCUUCCCUCCCAGUGCUGCCUUACACAGAAACGGAGGCCACAAAUUCGCCCAGUGCCAUGUUACCGGAUUAUUCGGAUGGCAGCAUGUCUCCCUCCUCCCUGGCACAGAACCACUGGUGUAACGUGGCAUACUGGGAGCUUCGCACACGCGUGGGCCGUCUGUACCCAGUGCACGACCGUUCUCUCAGCAUCUUCUACGACCUACCUCAGGGUACAGGCCUGUGCUUGGGCCUGCUCCCCCUUUCUCCCCGUUCCACCUCCGUCCAGCGCACCCGCGGAAAGAUCGGACACGGCAUCCUCCUCAGCAAAGAGCACGACGGAGUUUGGGCCUACAAUCGCAGCGAGCACCCUAUAUUUGUGAAUUCACCGACUCUGGAGCAUCACCCCUAUCUGAGUUUGACUGUCAGGAGAGUCAUGCCAGGCUACUCCAUUAAAGUUUUUGACUACGAGAAGUCGUGCCAAAUUCAACCCCCCGGCGAUCCGGCGCACCCGGAAGGGCCGUAUGACCCGAACAGCGUGAGGAUCAGUUUCGCCAAGGGCUGGGGGCCGUGCUACUCAAGACAGUUUAUUACAUCGUGUCCUUGCUGGCUGGAGAUUUUGCUCAACAACCAUAGAUAGCAUACAGUACACAAACGUAUACAUACUUUAACCGUAUCGCAUCCAGCACAUGCUCACUACAAGCACUCACAAUCCCAAAUGUAAUCUAUCUAAAUUUAAUAUAAAGUUUUAUAUAAACGUAUUAUAUGGAAUACUUGUAAAUACUGAGUAAUUUUUACAGCAUAAUUAUUUAUGUAUGGUGCAGUGUCUUUAUGGAUGAGCAGAGGAAAUAAAAACUAUGGAAAUGCA